AAGACUAGUCAGAACAUUAAGCUAAUUUACAAUUGAAACAAGAAUCAAAUGGUUUGAAACUGCAUAUUUGUAAUUUGCUCUACUAUAAUGUUCACUGACACAUGAUAUAACCUAUUUGUUCUUCAACCUUUUGUAGAAAUUGUUGAAACUGUUUUAAUUUAGAUAUAAUUAUGUUCAAUUACAAAAUACCGAAACCUGUGCUGUACAGCAGUGUAAUAGCAGGAACCUUUGGAUUUGCAUGUCUCAUAAAAGAAUGGAUUGGUGGUGAAAGAUAUCCUGCCAUCACUCAAGCUAAUGGAAAAGUGAUCGUUAUCACUGGAUCCAAUACAGGCAUUGGUAAAGAAACUGCAUGGGAGUUAGCACGGAGAGGGGCCAAAGUCUACAUGGCAUGCAGAGACAUGAAGAGAUGUGAGGAGGCAAGAGAAUCAAUUGUUGUGAGCACCAAAAACAAAUAUGUUUAUUGCAGACAAUGUGAUUUAUCAUCAAUGAAGUCAAUUGCUGAAUUUGCAACAAAAUUUAAGAAGGAAGAGGAGAAGUUGGAUGUGCUUAUUAACAAUGCUGGUGUGAUGAGAACACCUAAUUCAAAGACACAGGAUGGAUUUGAAAUGCAGUUGGGUGUUAACCAUUUAGGGCACUUUCUGUUGACCAAUCUGUUGUUGAAUCAUUUGAAGGUAGCAUCUCCAAGUAGGAUUAUCAAUGUGUCCAGUGUGGCUCAUUUGAGGGGUGAAAUAAAUAAAGAGGACUUGAACAGUGAUAAGUCCUAUGACCCAAGCACCGCCUAUGCUCAAAGCAAGUUGGCAAAUGUGCUGUUCACAAAAGAACUUGCUAAAAGACUUGAAGGCACUGGAGUUACUGUGAACGCCGUCCAUCCUGGUAUAGUGGACACUGAAAUUAUCAGACACAUGGGUUUCUUUAAUAGCUGGAUUUCCACAAUCUUAAUUAAGCCGUUUGUAUGGCCAUUCAUUAAAGGUCCCAGACAAGGAGCGCAGACUUCUAUAUUCCUAGCUAUCGAUCCAAUAGUCGAAAAAACGACAGGAAAAUAUUUCAACAACUACCUUGAAGAGGAAGUAUCUGCAAGUGCGCAAGAUACAUCACUUGCUAGAUGGCUAUGGUUGGUGAGCGAAAAGUGGACCAAACUUCAAGAGCAUUUGUGAUACUGUAUUACUGCAGACUUGAUUAGUUGAAUGUUU